UAUAAAUAUAUUUUGCGUUAUUGCUUUGUUGGGGUAGAAAUCUUCGUUUAUUAAAGUUUAUCUCAUUAGUCCGAUUAAAUAGUUUAAAAAAAUGGCUACUGGUGUAUUGCCUUUUGUUCGAGGUGUUGAUUUUACAAAAAAUGACUUCAGUAAAGAUAAAUUUCCGGCUGCUAUUAAGCAGAUGAACCGAGUUCAAUGGCUAACCUUGGAUAACACUUCUCUUUGUGAAAUUCCUGAAGAAUUGGGGAAUUUGUUUAAACUUGAGUAUCUUUCCCUAAAACACAAUGAUUUGGAAAAACUGUAUGGAGAAUUGACGGAGCUUUCAUGUUUGCGCUCUUUAAACUUGCGUUGCAAUCAAAUAAAAAAUAGUGGCAUUCCACCAGAACUGUUCCGAUUAGAAGAACUAACAACAUUGGAUUUGUCACAUAACAAACUUAAAGAAGUACCGGAGGGUUUGGAGCGCGCCAAAAGUCUUCUUGUAUUAAAUCUUAGUAAUAAUCAAAUUGAAUCUAUUCCAGCAGCCCUAUUCAUACAUUUGACUGACUUACUUUUCGUUGAUCUCUCGAAUAACCGAUUGGAAACAUUGCCUCCACAAACACGUCGACUGGCGAAUCUGCAAUCUUUAAACUUGGCUGACAAUCCUUUAGAAUUGUUCCAACUUCGCCAAUUGCCAUCCUUGCAAAAUCUUGAAAGCCUUAACAUGCGCAAUACUCAACGUACUCUUCUAAAUUUCCCCACAUCCCUGGACAGCCUAUCAAAUUUAGCGGAAUUGGAUAUAUCGAAAAAUAUGUUGCCGAAAAUACCCGAUUGUGUAUAUAAUUUGCCCAACUUAAAACGUAUCAACCUCAGUGACAAUGCCAUUACCGAAUUAAGUUCGAACAUAGAAUAUUGGCAAAAAAUUGAAGUACUAAAUUUAUCUCGCAAUCUACUGACAACAUUACCUGCAGCUAUAUGUAAAUUAAUACAUCUGCGUUGCCUUUAUUUAAAUGAUAAUCGUUUAGACUUCGAUGGAAUUCCUUCAGGCAUUGGAAAAUUAUGUUCUCUGGAGACAUUUUCAGCAUCAAACAACGUUUUAGAGAUGAUACCAGAAGGUUUAUGCCGUUGUGGAGCUUUGAAAAAGCUCAAUUUGAGCUCAAACAGACUCAUAACUUUACCAGAGGCCAUUCAUUUGCUUGAAGGUUUAGAUCAACUUGAUUUGCGAAACAAUCCCGAUCUGAUUAUGCCACCCAAACCAUCUGAAGCAAUAAAAGGAGCUGGCGUUGAAUUCUAUAAUAUAGAUUUUUCCCUACAAACCCAAUUACUUCUUGCUGGUGCUGCUGUACCUCCUGUAGUGCCAGUGACCUCUAAUAUUAAGGAUUCUACUGCACGUAAAAUACGCUUGCGCCGAGGGCCACGAGCCGAUUCUGAUCAAGAUUCAGCUAAAAUACUGAAAGGUAUGAAGGAUGUGGCGAAAGAUAAGGAAGAGUCUCUCGGCCCACUUGAUGAUUUGCAACACGAAUCGCUUAAACCAAAACGUUGGGAUGAAUCAUUAGAAAAACCUCAACUAGAUUAUUCAAAGUUUUUUGAAAAAGAAGACGGACAACUUCCGGGACUUACUAUUUGGGAAAUUGAAAAUUUUUUGCCUAACAAAAUCGAGGAAGUGGCACAUGGAAAGUUUUAUGAAGGCGAUUGUUAUAUCGUGCUCAAAACAUUUGUUGAUGACUUGGGUCUACUUGCAUGGCAAAUCUAUUUUUGGAUCGGUAAUGAGGCUACUUUAGACAAACGCGCUUGUGCUGCAAUACAUGCCGUUAAUUUGCGCAAUUACUUAGGAGCACGUUGUCGUACAAUACGUGAAGAGCAAAACGAUGAAUCUGAAGAAUUUUUGGCACUCUUUGAUACGGAAGUUACGUACAUUGAAGGUGGACGCACUGCUACAGGCUUCUACACGGUCGAAGACAUGUUGUAUACCAUGCGUUUAUAUCGUGUGCAUGCCGCUGGUUCAUCAGUCCACUUGGAGCCCGUCGCUGUACAUUUCGACUCCCUAGAUCCUCGAUAUACAUUUAUGUUAGACUGUGGAAUCAAAUUGUAUAUCUGGCUUGGGUGCGCAUCAAAGAACACAUUGAACUCCAAAACACGCCUAAUGGCCGAAAAAAUUAAUAAAACAGAAAGAAAAAAUAAAUGUGAUAUCAUAGUGGAAAUGCAAGGGGAGGAAAGCGAUGACUUUUGGAAUAAUUUGGGGGUUGACCCACAAGAAAUAUCCAAAAAGAAAAUUAUUCAGCAUGUGUUGGAUGGUUUUGAGCCUACCAUCUCUCGCCUUUAUCAGGUUCAACUUGGGAUGGGUUAUUUAGAGUUACCACAAGUGCAAUUGGCAAAUCAAAAAUUGGUGCACACUUUAUUAAAUAGCAAAAAUGUUUAUAUUUUGGACUGCUAUACAGAUCUGUUUGUAUGGUUUGGUAAGAAAUCCACCAGGCUAGUUCGAGCAGCCGCGAUAAAAUUAUCGCGAGAACUCUUUGAAAUGAUAAGUCGUCCUGAUUUUGCCUUGGUAACUCGCUUGCAGGAAGGAACUGAGUCGCAAAUAUUUAAAUCUAAAUUUGUAGGCUGGGAUGAAGUAAUGGCCGUUGAUUUCACACGCACCGCUAACUCUGUUGCCAAAACGGGCGCAGACUUAACCAAAUGGGCUCGUAAGCAAGAGACUAGGGCCGAUCUAGCCGCACUUUUUAUGCCUCGUCAAAACCCAAUGCCGCUUAGUGAGGCUGAGCAACUGGAGGAGGACUGGAAUUACGAUCUUGAAGCGAUGGAAGCAUUUGUAUUAGAAGGCAAAAAAUUUGUUCGAUUACCGGAAGAAGAAUUGGGUAAUUUUUAUACGGGAGAGUGUUAUGUAUUCCUUUGUCGGUACUGUAUACCUGUUGAAGAAGAAGACGGCGAGAUAGAUGAUAUAAAGCAAUCGGAUGACGAAAUUCAAUGUGUAGUAUACUUUUGGCAAGGACGUAAUGCCGGUAAUAUGGGAUGGUUGACUUUUACUUUUACUCUACAAAAAAAAUUCAAAGCAAUGUUUGGAGAAGAGCUAGAAGUAGUGCGGAUUCAUCAGCAGCAAGAAAAUUUGAAAUUCAUGGCCCAUUUUAAACGCAAGUUUAUAAUUCACACAGGAAAGCGUAAAGACAAGUCAAAUAAUAGUUCUUUAAAGCCGUCUGUAGAGUUCUUUCACUUGCGAUCUAAUGGUGGAGCGUUGUGUACACGUUUGAUUCAAAUUCAACCAGAUGCAGUAAAUUUAAAUUCAGCAUUCUGUUAUAUUUUAUAUGUUCCCUUUGACACGGAAGACGAAUCACAAUCGGGAAUUGUUUAUGUUUGGUUGGGUUCAAAGUCUACAGCAGAGGAGUCUAAGCUUGUCCAGGAAAUAGCUGAAAAAAUGUUCAACAACCCAUGGGUUAGUUUACAGAUUCUAAAUGAAGGGGAAGAGCCAGAAAAUUUCUUUUGGGUGGCUUUGGGUGGUCGCAAGGAUUACGAUACAAAUGCAGAUUUUAUGAAUUAUACCAGACUAUUCCGAUGCUCCAAUGAAAAAGGUUACUUCACUGUUGCAGAAAAAUGUUCUGAUUUUUGUCAGGACGAUUUGGCAGAUGACGACAUUAUGAUAUUGGACAAUGGUGAACAAGUUUUUUUGUGGCUUGGUUCUAGAUGCAGUGAAGUUGAAAUUAAACUGGCGUACAAGUCAGCACAGGUUUAUAUACAACAUUUGCGCAUUAAACAACCUGAGAGACCGCGAAAACUAUUCCUUACAUUGAAAAAUAAGGAGUCGAAACGUUUCACGAAAUGUUUUCAUGGUUGGAGUACUCAUAAAUCGCCCCCGGAGUAAUUAUUUGCGUUUAUAUAGUUAAUCUAAAACUAAAACUAUUUGUUAAACUAAAACCAAACUAAUUAGGAACGUACUUUUCAUUGAAAUCCAA